AUGACACAACCCCCCCCAAAAGGCCGUUUAAUCUCACAAUUCGAGAAUCGACCCACAACCUCCCACGGCGAAGCAUGGUCCGAUCUAUGGAAUUCGGGGCAAAGCGACCUCUGGGAUAGAGGUAUUCCGUCUCCUGCUUUGAUUGACUUGGUUGAGGCAUAUAACGAGACGCUGUUUUAUCCGUUCCAGGCUGCUGCUACUAGUAUUCGUAGUUAUCAGCGGGAAGGUGGGGAGGAGGUAGGAGUAGGAGUAGGAGUAGGAAGGAGGAAGAAAGUGCUUGUACCGGGCUGCGGUCGGGGCUACGACGUAAUCGCCCUCGCGCUCCACGGGUUCGACGCAUACGGCCUUGAGAUCUCAGGAACCGCAGUCUCGGAGGCGAGAGAGUUCGCAGAACAAGAGCUUGCUUCUCCGCAGGCGUGUAAUUUCGGGACAGCAUACAGCGCAAAUCCCAGUGUUAUCCAGCUGGGAAAGGGAAAGGCCCAGUUUGUAGAAGGAGACUUCUUUGACGAGACUUGGCCUGACGAGCUGGGUGUUGAGCAGUUUGAUGUUGUUUAUGAUUAUACUUUUCUGUGCGCCCUACAUCCGAGCCAGCGUGGACGGUGGGCGGAGCGGAUGGCGGAGCUGUUGAAACCUAGGGGACUCUUGGUUUGCUUGGAGUUUCCGAUGUAUAAGGACCCUGGGCUUCCUGGGCCCCCGUGGGGUGUGAACGGGGUGCAUUGGGAGAUUCUGGCUGGUGGCGAUGAGGGAGUUGGGAAGUUUACAAGGCGGGUGUAUAUGAAACCAAAAAGAACGUAUGAGGUUGGGAAGGGGUCUGAUAUGAUUAGUGUUUAUGAGAAAAAAUGA